AUGCCAUCUUACCUCCUAUAGAAUGGGAUCACGAUGGGAAGCAUUAUAUUUAAUAUGUUUCACACGUUCCAGCCACGAGGGAAGGAUGUUGGUAACUUGUAAAAACUAUUGGAUGAGAGAUUGUUGGCAAGAUAAGCUAGGUAACUGGGGAUCUGUCCUAUAAGAGAAGAGUUGUUGAGUUAAUGUUUUGAUGAGAUUAUAAGACAAGUUACAAUUGAUUGUCCAGAGAGAGGAUUACUAUUAAUGAGAGUGAGGGACGAGUUAAAAAUGACAAUCGCUGCUUAUUAGACAUUGUAUAACUCGUCUGUGACAUUUGGGAUGAGAAAAUAAUUGUAGGCUGAGAUGGGCAAGAGUGAAUUGGAAGAGAAGAUAGUUUAAUUGGAGUAGAGGAAAUAGAAGUUGGAAGAAAAGAGGAUUGAUUUGCUUAAUAAAAAGGAUUCCUUGGAUAAGAAGAUUAAAGAAAGAAAUUAGAUUGAGGAAUAGAAGAGGAAAUAGGAAAUCGAAUUUCUCAAAUAUUAAGGGUAACAUUUAGAAGCCUUUUUAAAAUCAGUUUAACCUGAAUUGAAGUGAUUUUCAUAUUAUAAUAAUU